AUGAUCAAAAGCUUUUCUCUUUCUACGUUCCCUGUCCCGCUCGAUAUCAGCAAUAGACUAGAAGCUCACAUCCCUGAGGGCACCGUAAACACCCCCACCGAUCUGGGCCCCUCGUUCUCAAUUCCUUUAAAAACUUUCUACACCAAACCAUCCCAUCACUCGGUGUAG